CUCUCUCUCUCCCUCUCCUAACCUUUGCCUAAUUUUCUUCCGCUAUAUUCUCUCUCUCUCUCUCUCUCUCUCUCCUGUGAUCUCAACAGUUAUUACCUGCUCUGGAACUCCAAGCGUCCAACCUGACCAGCUUGCUAUUAUGUGCAAGUUAUCUCUUUUUUAUUCAUGAGUUUGUACUGUUAAAGUUGUUGAGUUAUAGUUGUUAUGUUUGAGUUUUGCUCAUGAUGUGAAACUGGAGAAAUUCUGUCUUGAUGAAUGACAUUUGAGAACUAUAUUGUUUAUGGGAUUUUUGGUUUGUGAUUGUGGUGGCGGUGUUGAUGAUUUUGAGGGAAUAAGCAAGUAUUUGUGGGGUUUUGGGCAUCUGGGCAGCUCUUAUUUUGAUCCAUGAAUGUCUUGGUGUACUGUUUUUGAGUUCUGGGGGCACAGAGAGAAUAAAUAAAGACUUUUUUGUUGGAUUUAAUUUGUGUGGAUAUUGAAGUCACUAAUUUUCUAGCUGGAUUUGAACUUUGAUCUCUGUGUUUAUUGGGUUCUUGCUCAAUUGUUUGGUAGAACUGGAAUCUGGAUGUUUUGACUUUUUCUGGGUUCUUGGGAUUUUGAUAAAUGGAGGCUAAAUUUAGAGGCAAGGCUCAUCAAUUAUAUAGUCCGGUGGUGUCUGAUUUGAAGGCAGUUGGGAAAAAGAGUUUGGAAUGGGAUUUGAAUGACUGGAAAUGGGAUGGAGAUCUGUUCACAGCUAGUCCACUGAAUUCUACACCAUCCGAUUGUAGGAGUAGGCAGUUAUUUCCAGUUGGGCCAGAAAUUCCAGAAAAUGCUGGUUUGUCGAAUAGUUCAUCUUCUGGUUCAGAUGAUAUUAAUCUGGUGAAUGAUGGGGGCAAGAGGGAAUUGGAAAAGAGGAGGAGGGUUGUGGCUGUUGAAGGUGAAGAGUUAAAUGAUGAAGGUGCGCCCCUUAAUUUGAAGCUUGGUGGGCACGUUUACCCUAUCAUGGAAGGGGAGUUAAAGAGUGGGAAGAAGACAAAGAUAGUUGGGAUGACUUCGAAUCGUGCGGUUUGUCAGGUGGAGGAUUGUAAGGCUGAUCUCAGUGAUGCAAAGGAUUACCACCGACGACAUAAGGUUUGUGACAUGCAUUCCAAGGCCAGCAAAGCAUUGGUGGGAAACGUUAUGCAGCGGUUCUGUCAGCAGUGUAGCAGGUUUCAUAAUCUUCAAGAGUUUGAUGAGGGAAAGAGAAGUUGUCGUAGAAGGUUGGCUGGCCAUAAUAGGAGGAGGAGAAAGACACAUCCUGAUACUGUAGUUAAUGGAGGCUCUCUAAAUGCUGAAAAGGGUAGCAGUUAUCUAUUAAUAAGUCUGCUGAGGAUUCUCUCCAAUAUGCACUCAAAUAGCUCAGAUCAGACAAAGGACCAAGAUCUGUUAUCUCAUCUGUUGAGGAAUCUGGCCAGUCUUGCUGGUACAGUAGAUGGAAGGAACAUAUCUGCAUUACUGGAGGGAUCUCAAGGUUUGCUUAAUGCUGGGACAUCUAAUGGGGCUUCACAAAAGGUGCCAGAUGUAACUCCAAAUGGUUCUGAGCCCUCUAGGCCUUCUAGUUCAGCCUCUAAGAUGGAUGAUUGCAUCAACCUUCAUGACCAUCCUAGGCCUAUGGGAGAAUGCAUGACAGCAUCUGCAUCUGAUGUGGCACAGAAAAGAAUAUCUUCAGAUGAUGCCGAGGGUGGAUGUCUAAAAGCUCUAUCAGGUGUACAGUACACAAAUCUGCCUCCAUCAAAGGGCGACCUUCCAUCCAAAUCAAUUACAUCAAUCAAAUUAAAUAACAUUGAUUUGAAUAAUGUAUAUGACGAGUCAGAGGAAUAUGUAGAGAAUUUGGGGAGGUCCCAUGCCCCUGUGAAUUCUGGGUCUAGGUCUCUUGGCCAUCCGUCAUGGGUACAGCAAGACCCUCACAAGUCUAGCCCACCUCAGACAAGUGGCAACUCAGAUUUUACUUCUUCACAGUCACCAUCUAGUUCCAGUGGGGAGGCUCAGGGUCGCACAGAUCGAAUAGUUUUCAAACUCUUUGGAAAAGAUCCCAACGAUUUUCCUCUUAAUCUCCGAACACAGAUCCUCGACUGGUUAUCCCACAGUCCUACAGAGAUAGAAAGCUAUAUAAGGCCAGGCUGUAUCAUAUUAACAAUGUACCUCCAUCUAGAAAAAUCCACGUGGGAUGAGCUCUGUUGUGAUCUGGGAUCCUAUAUGCGAAGGCUACUUGAUGAGUCCAUCGACCCUUUCUGGAGAACAGGAUGGGUAUAUACAAGGGUGCGGCAUUGUGUGGCAUUUAUGUACAAUGGUCAAGUUGUCUUAGACACACCCUUACCUCUUAAAAGCCAUAAAAUUUGCAGGAUUUCAAGCAUCAAGCCAAUUGCUGUUUCCAUAUCUGAGAGAGUUCAGUUUGUCGUAAAAGUCUUUAAUCUUUCUCGGUCCAGUGCUAGGCUACUCUGCGCACAAGAAGGGAAGUAUCUUGUCCAGGAAACUUGUUAUGACUUGAUGGACGGUGCUGAUACAGCCACUGAGCAUGGUGAACUCCAAUGCCUCAGCUUCCCGUGCUCUAUACCAAAUGUUACUGGGAGGGGAUUCAUUGAGGUAGAAGACCAUUGUCUCAGCAGCAGCUUCUUUCCAUUUAUAGUAGCAGAGCAAGAAGUGUGUUCUGAGAUCUGUAUGCUGGAGGGAGCAAUUGAGUUGGCUGAAACUGCUGAUGACAUUCAGAGAGUACCUGAACUGCUAGAAGCUAAGACUCAAGCCCUGGACUUUGUACAUGAGAUGGGUUGGCUGCUUCAUAGAAGUCAUGUGAAAUUUAGACUGGGUCACCUGGAUCCAAACCAGGAUCUCUUCCCUUUCAAACGGUUCAAGUGGCUCAUGGAAUUCUCCAUGGACCAUGAUUGGUGUGCCGUAGUGAAGAAACUCUUGGACAUUCUGUUUGAGCGUGUAGUUGAUGCAGGAGACCAUCCUUCCAUUGAGCUUGCAUUGUUGGAUUUGAGUCUCCUCCACAGAGCUGUCCGAAGAAACUGCAGGCCUAUGGUCGAACUCCUGUUAAGAGUUGUCCCAGAUAAAGUUUUGGAUAAAGGAGGCGCUCCGGAGAAGCAACAAGUUGACGGGGGCUACAGCGGCUUCUUAUUUAAACCUGAUAUGGCAGGGCCUGCCGGGCUUACUCCUCUUCAUAUCGCAGCCAGUAGGGAUGGCUCUGAGAAUGUACUGGAUGCUUUGACUGAUGAUCCUGGAUUGGUUGGAAUUGAAGCAUGGAAAAGCGCUCGUGAUAGUACAGGUUUGACACCCAAUGACUAUGCAUGCCUACGAGGCCAGUACUCCUACAUCCAUCUUGUCCAAAAGAAACUUAGCAAGAAAUCAGAAGAAAGCAGGCAUGUGGUGCUUGAUAUCCAUGGUGCUGUCCUGGACUGCAACAAUAAAUGGAAGCAAUCAGAUGGGUAUAAGUCAUCAAAAGUUGCCAGCUUGCAAACCGAGAGGAUUGAAACGGGAGCAACCUAUCGACAUUGCAAGGCAUGCGAGCAGAAGCUGGCCUAUGGCAACAUCAGAAGAUCACUGGCAUACCAGCCGGCAAUACUCUCAAUGGUGGCCAUUGCUGCUGUUUGUGUGUGCGUGGCUUUGCUCUUCAAAAGCUCACCUGAAGUUCGUUGUGUGUUCGAGCCGUUCAAUUGGGAACGGUUGAAGUAUGGGGCAAGCUAAGUUGAAACACAGUGUAAUUCCAAGGUCUUAUCGGAUAUGGAGGCAAGUUGGCAGCUUGAUAUGAUAUCCAUGGAAGUGAAAGCCAUUGUAGAGUGAUGAAGAUGGGCUUGUAUCACUAGUCUUCAAGUUUGCAGUGGGUGGGUUGAGCUUGCCUUGACUUGACUUGUAAAUUUCUAAUAUGCAGGCAAAAAAAUGCUCUUCAACUAGUCUUGCCCAGCCCAGACAGCAUGCUAAAAAAUACAUAUUUGUCUAUUAAUUAGGUUUUUUUUCUUUUUUCUUUUUAAAUGUUAUGCAGUAACAUAAAGAUGAAAAAUAUUUUUGUGUUUUGAA